GUGACGUAUGAGGUUGUUACAUCGUUAGCAAGAAAGCUAACAAGCCACAGAAAAACACUCAACUUAUAACGAAUUAGCGUUAGUUGUAAUUGGACUUCAAACACAAAUAGUCUGAUGAGAGGAUCACCUCGGUGGCGAUUUGAAAAUGCAUCAAUGCUCUGUUUGUCCAAAAGCUUUUCCUUCGCCAUAUAAACUCAAGAGACAUUAUCUCAUCCACACUGGCCAGAAGCCCUUCAACUGUGAGAUCUGUGGAAAAGCCUUCACGCAGUCCGAGCAUUUGAAAACACACUUGCAGAAUGUCCACCAUUCAAGGCUUCCUACAGACCGUCUUCAAAGUGGAGUUUUAACUCAUCAACAACAACCAAAUUGUGUUAGACCAGCUGCAGGGAUUACCACACAUGGCUGUAGUAACUACACUUCAAUGCUCCCGACUGUGUCCGCCUCUGCGACCUCCCAGACAGAGCGGAAAAGGGAAAUUGUGAGUCACAAAAUUUGUGUUCCUUCCUCUGAGACUGGAAAACCACCAAAAAAUGUGCCUUAUGUAAAUGAUGGCUCAGUGACUGAGGACAGUAUCUCAAAUCUUCCAAUACCAAGUGAGCAAGUUGAUUCUGCAAAUGUAGACACUUCGGUACGCAGUGCUCACGAUGGAUACACCUGCAAAGUCUGCCUGAAGUCAUUUCCUUCAUCCCUUCACCUUCGGAUUCACUCAACAACUCAUAACAAACCAAAACAAUUUGAGUGGGGCAGAGAGUUGGGACAGACCUUCUCUCAAAAGGCCUGUUCGAAGGUGCACCAGCAGUCUCAAGAACUGAGCUCCAUCACAAGCAAAAUUACUUUGCAACACCAGUGUCCUAAAUGUCUCAAAACCUUCUGUUCGCCAUCCAAAUUAAAGCGGCACUUUCUUAUUCAUACGGGGCAGAAACCCUACUCGUGUAUGAUCUGCUGGAAAGCCUUCAGACAGAAGGUACACUUGAAAUCUCAUUUGAGCACUGCAAAUAAAUGUUCACUUUCUGCCGGCACUGAGAGGAAAAAACUGAGGUUUUGUGACAGCAGACAAACCUCCACUGUGCCGCCUCGGUCAUCACUUCAACAACGACCCAUCAGCCAUCACAAUCCUGAGAGUUCAGCAGUGGAACUGGAGCUUCGCUGUAAAAUAAGUGUAAACGCUGUGCAGGACCUGAACAAGACUGAAAUCAGGUCAGAUGCAACUGUAAAACCAGAGCAACUAUUAAAUACAGACAGUCGGUGUCAGAGUUUUUGUCAUAAGUCACAUGAACAAGAGCAGCAACACCGAACACAUAAAGACUUGAAACCAUUCCAGUGUGUAAUCUGCAACAGAUCAUUUCGGUUGGAAGUUAAUUUAUUACGCCAUCAUAAAAUUCACAGCAACCAAAAAGAAUUGGGAAAUAAUGUGAAAAUGUCUGCAAAUGCAAUAAAACCUGAACCCAGUCAUGCAAAUCCCAUUGACUUGAACAUCUAUGUUACAUCAGACACAUGGAGUAACAAUGAUCCCAAUGACUCUCUUCUUCAGGAUUCUGAGAUAAUUACAUCAGAAGAACAGCAGAGGGAAACCUACCACGCCACCAGGAAGCAGCAGAGAAGUAACACUUUACAUCAGUGCCAUGCAUGUUUGAAAUGUUUUCCAUCUGUAUCAAAACUUCAAAGGCACAUACUGACUCACACUGGGCAGAGGCCCUUUGGCUGUGAGGUGUGUGGAAAGAGAUUUCGUCAGAAAACACACCUGAGGGUCCACUGCCGCACUCACCUGUGGUCCAGAUAUCACAAGCAACGAUCAUUGUAUAUCAAUCGGCCACCUUCUUGCGUAGGUGGGUUUAAUGUAAGGAGUGCAGCAGAUGUCCCCGUCCAGGAAAUGUUAAUGCAUAAGAAGGAUUUUGAGAGACAAACUGGCAGUGACGUAGUUGACGAGCCACACGCCUCAAAGGAAAAUGAGGCGCACCUGAGAAAGUUUUCUAAAGUGACUGUGAAAAGGACACAAACUGCUAAAUCAACGCAAAAUCCAGGUCACGUACGACACAAGUGCUCCCGGUGUUUAAAGUGUUUUCAGAGUGCCUCUAAAUUACAAAGGCACGAGAUGGUACACACAGGACUGAAACCAUUUCAGUGUGCUUUGUGUGGGAAAGCAUUCAGGCAAGCUCCACAUUUGAAAACCCAUGAAAGAACUCACUGUGAGAAGAAACCAUCCAAGCCCUUCAAUCAACAGGGGAACAGCAGACAACUGAAAGUAAAUAGUCAACAGCAGCUUUACCCAAGGAUCAGUGUCCAUAUCCUACCAAAGAAAAAACCUGUGAACAUAAACACUACACUUUCAAAUUUUGAGGGUGUUGUAUGUAACGGAGUGAGUGAGACGCUCUGCACCAGGCGUGAAAUAUGCAUUACAAAAGUGAACAGUCUCUUUAAGACAAACUGUAAAAGUAACGUAACUUGUAAAAAGAGGAAAUGUCACACAUGCCGAAUAUGCUUUAAGAACUUUCUUUCUCCAUAUAAGCUCUCAAGGCACUUGGUCACUCACUCUGGGAUAAGGCCGUACAAAUGCACUUUGUGCAGCAGAACCUUCACACAGCGUGGACACCUAAAAAUUCACGAGUACAAAUGCAGACAGAGUAACAGGAUGUCACAUUAUGUUCAAGGAGAAAUGCUAAAUCCGAACCAUCUCCAGGUUCAAUGCAUUGAAAACCUUACUGAUUGUACUGAUUUUAGUGUGGGUGCAACAACAGAGCAGCCAGAGUCACAUUAUACCACUGUUGGUCAUUACUCAUUUACUGAUGGAGAUUUAUCUUAUUUCUCAGAGGCUAGAGACACUGAAUGGUUGGCAGUGCCAGAAGUAGGCUUACAAGAGAAGCGUAAUGAAUCAGAGGAAAAGCAGAGAGAAAAAUGUAAUGAGGCUUUAGACAACUGUGAUCAGGCUACAGAUCAUCACAGUUAUUCAUUUCCCUCUGAACUUACCUUUGAAAUAAAUAAGCUUGUCCAAAAUCAGAAUAUGGCAGCUCCACCUUUGUCACAUCACCACGAGGGCAGGGCACACAAUAUAGUAUUACCAUGUCAGCCUAAAGGAGUUACAGCCAUUUCAGAUCGCAACAGGUUGCUCAGUGAUAAAUGUGUGAGUUCUGUGGUUGAGAUUCAAAUGCAGGCAGAUAAUUACUGGUGUGAGCCACUAAUUGUGUUUGAGUGUGACAAGUGCUCUGCAAGUUUUACGAGUGAAAACGAUCUGAAGCUACACAUUUGUUCAACUAAAGUUCAACCUAAAACGACCCCGAACAAUCGCUGUGACAUUUGCUUCAAAGAUUUUGUGUCUCCCUCUAAACUUAAAAGGCAUUAUUUUAUCCACACAGGUCAGAGGCCGUUUAGGUGUGAUAUUUGUGGCAAAACGUUCACACAGUCGGCACAUGUCAGAACACACCGACUGACUCACUGAUAAUCAAAAGGUGUAAUGUUUGUGUUUUUGUGUGAAAUUGUGCUUAUGAUGAUCAUGAUAUGUCAUUAAUGUGAUUUUUGUGCAUACUGUAUGUAAAAGAUGUAUUAUAAUGUGCACUAGAUGAUAAUGUAGGUACUAUUUUUUUUAUAUCUUCUGUAUUUCAUAAAUUAAACGUGUUUCAAAUAGUA